UAACGUCACCGGCGUGCCCAGCCGGAACUGUUUAGCGCAGCUGAAUUGUCAGGAGGGGGGCCAAAGAGGGAGGCACGGUGCAGCAGCUUUUUCCGUCCCGCGUUGCUAUGUCGGGAUUUGCGUUGGCGCCGGUGGAGGGAGGCCGUCCUUUGGUGUUGCCUCCCGGUGAGACAGUGCUAGGAAGAGGCGCCCUGUUAGGAGUUACAGAUAAAAGAGUCUCCAGGAAACAUGCUAUUCUGAAGGUAGCUGGCAACCAUCUUAGCAUCAAACCGGUGCAUGUAAACCCAUGCUUUUUUCAGCCAACUAAAAAUGGCCAAAUCUUGCCAUUGGACAUUGAUAAAUGGCACCAACUCAGCCCUGGUGACAGUUUUUCUCUGUUGGUAGACAAAUAUGCCUUCAAGGUUCUCUUCACUCCUUUGGAAGUGGAAACUCAAAGAAAGCACUGUCACCUCCUUGUAGAAGACAUACCAAAUCAAACUUCCUCAGUUCUUCAGCCAAGCAGGAUGCUUCACCAACAACCUCCAGGACAGCAAUCGACUCCUUCCAAGAAACACCAGCUUCUGGAAACACACUUAUCAUUGGAGAAAGCAGCUGAAAACCCAAAGAAGUUCUCUGCUAGCUUUUCUGAAACAAAAGAAGCACAGCCUGCUGAAAAGAGGAAAAGGGUGCUUCCAAUGUGGAUGCUGCAAACAGAUCCUAGUCCAUCAGCCUCAGUGUCUGACACAGGAAAUGGUGUCAAGAUUGUAAAAGACUCAGGGAAAAAGCGGAAGAUGAGUGAAAAUGAAGAUACUUCCCUUAUGACAGUGGAUAUGCCAGGAAUUUCUGAAGAAAUUGCAAGAGAACUCGAAAAGAAUGAAAACAAAGUACGGCAUCAAAAAGCUGGAGGUUCUGCAGGGCAAUGCUCCUAUCUGCCUGAGAAUGAAGAGGUGGACCUCAGUCCUCAAAAUGUACGAACGUGUCAGCUCACAGAAACCAAUACAACGGGUGCAAUUGAAAACAAAGGGGAAGAUGAUAGCUUUAAAACAGAGCAAUUUUCUCAGGACAGGCCUUCACAAUCUCUGGAUAAUAAGGAUGAGAUUCAAGAACUUCCUCAGAUUAACCAGACUACCAAAACAGAUAUUUCUAAUUUAAAUAGAAGUCAAAAUGUACUGCAAAACUCCAACAUAUCUAUUCACCAGCAGAGGAGAGCUUGCCAGUACGGGAGAAACUGCUACAGGAAGAAUCCUAUACAUUUUCAGCAAUUCAGUCAUCCUGGAGACAGUGAUUAUCCUGACACAGAAGUUGUAGCAGAAUCUGAUAAUGAUAACAGACCCGAAUGUCCUUAUGGAACUUCUUGUUACAGGAAAAAUCCACAGCACAAGCUGGAAUACAAACACACAGCACCCCCAGAAUCAGAGAAAAGACAAACAAGGGCAAAAUCUUCUAAAAAAGGUAAAGGAAUUUCUUUGAAAGAGAGUGAUGAUGAUGGUGAACCAAAUGAAUAUGAUCUGAAUGACAACUUUAUAGAUGAUGAAGAAGAGGAAGAAGAGUGUGAAGCUACUGAUGAAGAUUCUGAAUGGGAACCAGAUUUUCAAGAUCAGGAUAAUGAGGAUUUAGAUACACUUCUCGAAGAAGCACAGGAUUUUGCGGAAGCCAAGCACUAGUUAUAUGCGUGGUUUUGUCGAAAUCGAGGAAACUGAAACGCACGUACUCUGCUGAUCUACAGGAAAUGCCUUGAAGUUCAUUCAAAUGUUUCAUUCUAUGAUUGAUUUAAAUUCUUGGUUCCUUGUAUGUGCAGCUCCUUUAGAUUGUGGUUCUUGAACUGAAGAUGGGAAAACAGAAUUGUAAGAUUGGCGCUAUAACAGAUUUAUACUCAUUGAUAGCAAAUGAAGAAAAAAUGAAUGGUGACAAUCCAGCCAAAAUUUUAUUUUGAACUUCUAUCCAGUUAGACAGACUAAAAUAGGUUACUCACACCAUCCUUCUUAAGUGGGUACCAUGAAAAAAGCUUUAAAGGUGGCUGAAUUUCACCAGUGAAUAAUUCCUGUUGCCGAUUAGCUGUUUACAUAUA